AUGGUUGAGGCAGAGGUGCAGAAGGAAUCAGAGGCAGCGGCGCAGCAGAAGGAGGAGGGUGCGGCGCCGAAGAUGGUUGAGGCAGAGGCGCAGAAGGAAUCAGAGGCAGCGGCGCAGCAGAAGGAGGAGGGUGCGGCGCCAAAGAUGAAGGAAUCAGAGGCAGCGGCGCAGCAGAAGGAGGAGGGUGCGGCGCUGAAGAUGGUUGAGGCAAAGGCGCACAAGGAAUCAGAGGCAGUGGCGAGGCAGAAGAAGGAGGGUGCGGCGCCGAAGAUGGUUGAGGCAGAGGCGCACAAGGAAUCAGAGGCAGCGGCGAGGCAGAAGGAUAAGGCAGCGGCGCUACAUAUGGAGGAGGCAGACGCACAUAAGGAAGGAGAGGCUCGGAAUGAGGCAGAAGCAGCGGCGCGGCAGAAGGCGGAGGCAGAGGAGCAGAAACAGGCUGCGGAAGAGGCACUACAACUGGCUCGGGCAGAAGCGCGGAAGAAGGCUGUUGUAGAGGCGCGGCAGAAGGCGGAGGGUGAGGCGUAG